AUGUUAAAACGACUCGCACUUGGCCUGCUGGCCGCUCAGUCCGUGGCUGCCACACGGUUUGCCAUGUACAUCGACGAAUACCAUGUAACCGCUCUCCCGGGCCAGAACCAGACCGAGGGCAUCGACUAUGCAAUCAUGAGCUUCGCUGCCUCGACGCUAUUCAACUCAGACUCGCCCGCAGCAUACAAGCCAUUUGAGUCUCCCGAGACCAUGCGCAAGCGCUUCAGCUCCGGUACCAAGCUAAUGGUCGCUAUUGGCGGCUGGGGUGACACCGCUGGCUUCUCCGAUGGAGCAAAGGACGCGGCUUCGCGCACGCGAUAUGCCAAGAAUGUCGCUUCCAUGCUCGACGCAAAUGGAUUCGACGGUGUCGACAUUGACUGGGAAUACCCUGGCGGUAACGGCCAAGACUACAAAGACGUGCCUAACUCGAAGAAAGUGGACGAAAUCGAAACCUACCCUCUUUUCCUCGAAGCUGUCCGCAAAGCAAUCGGCAACAAGACCCUCUCUAUCGCAGUGCCCGGCCGUAAGCAGGACUUCAUUGCCUUCACUAAGGAGCAGGGUCCGAAGAUCUUCAAGUCUGUCGAUAUGGUCAAUGUCAUGUCCUACGAUCUGAUUAACCGCCGCGAUAACGUUACCGGCCACGCUAGCGGUGUCCAGGGAUCCUUGGAUACCAUUAACGAGUAUCUAGCCAUCGGGGCUGAUCCCGCAAAGCUCAACCUUGGCUUCGCGUACUACGCGAAGUGGUUUACCACCGACCCCAACUCCGAUUGUGAUGAGAACCCUCUCGGCUGCCAUCUCGCCAAGCUCGAGAACGACGAUGGAACAGACAAUGGCAAGUCCGGUGCUAUGACUUUCGAAGCUAGCACUGCUGCUGCGGCGCCUAAAGAUCUGAAGCAAAGCACUGAUGGAUUGUGCGGAUUUGGAGCGAAGGCCAAGUGCCCAUCAGGACAGUGCUGCAGUUCUUCCGGCUACUGCGGUACUGGCGAUGAUUUCUGUCAGGCUGGGUGUCUCUCAGACUACGGUACCUGCAAGGGUAUCUCCAUCACCGACUCAUGGCGCAAAGCCCAGAAAGACGGCAAGACCGAUGAGAAGGGUGGUGGUCAGUACUACUUUGACAGCGAUAAUAACCUCUUCUGGACCUGGGAUACACCCGAGAUGAUUGCCCGCAAGUUCAAGGAAAUUGUCGCGGAGAAGAAGCUUGGUGGUGUCAUGGCUUGGAGCUUGGGCGAGGAUACCUACAAGUUUGAGCACUUGGAGGCUAUGCAGAAGGGUCUCAAGUCUCACUCUCCCAAAGUUGCGGAGCCCCCAAUGACCGACAGAGACUGUGCCUAG